CUUCCAUUCAAACAAAACUAAAACCUUUGCUCUGUUUGCCAUAAAGCUCGGAGAGACCGAGAGAGGAAAGUCAUGGCUCAGGAUCAAGUCAACACUGACCUCCAGAUGCCUGGAGAUAAAAUAAAACUUGAGUUGAAGCUCCUGAUGGCCUACACCUACAAGAGACGGCCUACAGACACCCGCCUGCAGCAGAUCAUCCAGCAGAAAGAACACAUUAAAUCAAGGGUGUCCCGCAAAAAGAAGAAGAUCUCAUUCUUGAAGUGCUGUAAACCACAGACGGAUGAUGAUGACGAUCGUCCUGCACCACAGCCUGCGACUCUGCAAGACUGUGUAGAUGUGAAAGUGGCUGAGAUGGAGAAGGUGGCUAGCGUACUGACGGAGAUCUCAGACUCUUUGGACAUCCAGAGUGACAUCGCUGCAGACGGCGAUGAUGAAAAUGGGGAUGUAGUAAAACAGCUGGCAGACAUGCUGCGAACACACGGAGAUGAUCUGGAUAAAAAGAUUAAAGAGAACACAAGGUUGAGUCAAAUACUGCAGUCCUCCUUCGGGUACUCGUUCUUCCAGAAAGUUCUGGAGUCUUUCUGUAGAAGUGUGUCUUCAGAUGUUCCUCCUCCACAGCAGGAAGAUGAGAAGAUGAACGUGGCUCUGAUCUGUGAAGCCACCAGUCUGCUCUCCUCCAUGAGUUUACAUCCCAUGAACCAUGUGCUGGGCUUCGGCGCCCACUACCUGCACGAGAAAUACCCCACAUGGGUCAGCAGAAACAUGCAGCUAAGCAAUGGAGAAGUUGCAGAUGAAUUGAAAGAGGAAGUGCAUUGAGUUGUUCUCAUAUCACAGACAUCAUUCUCAGGGGCACGGUCACUUUAUUUACCAUUAAAAAGGAAAUUAUUGAUGGCUACAGCUGGAGCCUAAUCUGCCAUCUUUCCCACAAGAUCAUCUCAGGCGAGAGUUUACAGAGCCAAAUGUAAACUGAUGUUUGGAAAGUGUCUUAAAACAUACUGCCUUAACAUCAGUCUGUACUGUAAAAUGCAUACGUUUACAUGUUAAGACAAGGAAAUGAUCAUUCAUGUGAAGGCUUAUUGUUAAUUAUGCUUCUAUUUUGCUCAAAUGUUUUGCUUUACUUGUUUUCCGGGAUUCAAGAUAUUUAUUUUCAUAAUCGCUUUAAGCGUAUUGUUGUUUUUUAAGAGAAUUUGUGUAAUAUAUGU